CACGACCGAUCCCGCCACUUGGGUGGACCCGGACACCAUCUUCCCCGAGGUGCCGCCCACAUGUAAUUUGGAAGAAAUUUUCAAGGUUCGCAAAAAACGGUACUACAAACGGACCAGCAGUGGAAUGUGGGAAAAGGAUGGAUUGACUCCCGUGGAGAGAAUGACUUACAGGCGUGCGAUGGCUUGUGAGCGGAAAGGGGAAGAGGUCUCAGUAAAUGGAGGAAACAGCAGUCGGGUGGGGGUUAGCAACAUAAGCAUUGUGGGCAAGAAGGAAUAAAA